AUGAAGAAAUUAAGGCUUAAGGAACUAGAGAGUCGCCUGCAACAAGUGGAUGGAUUCGAAAAGCCCAAGCUCCUUCUAGAACAGUAUCCAACCAGGCCGCACAUUGCAGCAUGUAUGCUCUAUACAAUCCAUAAUACAUAUGAUGAUAUUGAAAAUAAAGUGGUUGCAGAUCUAGGAUGUGGCUGUGGAGUGCUUAGCAUUGGAACUGCAAUGCUAGGAGCAGGGUUGUGUGUUGGAUUUGACAUAGAUGAAGAUGCAUUGGAAAUAUUUAAUAGGAAUGUAGAAGAGUUUGAGUUAACAAAUGUAGAUAUGGUUCAGUGUGAUGUAUGCUCAUUAUCUAACAGAAUGCCCAAAUCAUUUGAUACAGUAAUUAUGAAUCCUCCUUUUGGGACCAAAAAUAAUAAAGGGACAGAUAUGGCAUUUCUGAAGACUGCUUUGGAAAUGGCGAGAACAGCAGUAUAUUCUCUACACAAAUCCUCAACUAGAGAACAUAUUCAAAAGAAAGCUGCAGAGUGGAAGGUCAAGAUAGAUAUUAUUGCAGAGCUGCGAUACGACCUGCCAGCAUCAUACAAGUUUCAUAAAAAAAAAUCAGUAGACAUCGAAGUGGAUUUAAUUCGGUUUUCUUUAUAA